UUUGUUGUAGACAAAUGUUAGCAUCAAACUCCUCCUCCUCACAACCUCUGUCUAAAUGGGGUUUGUAAUCCCCCUUCUCACCCACCCUCUGUACUCCCUGGGGCAGGAAUGUUGACUUCUGUUCUCCAUCACCUGUCAGAAUCCAUCCUCCUGUCACUGGCUUAUAUGGACAAGUCUGCCACUGUCACGUGAUGCCCAGCUGCUAAAAACAGCUCAGGCACCCACUGGGAACCAGACUCUGAAACAAUGUCCACCACCGAUCAAGUCUCAGCAGACACUUGAUCACACAAUCCUUGGAAUUAUUUCCAGGAAACCCUCACAGAAGCUGGUCCACAGUACCCCUUUCCUGCAGUGCUCCCCCACGGUCAGGAGAUGAGUGCUUCUCUGAACUACAAGUCUUUUUCCAAAGAGCAGCAGACCAUGGAUAACUUAGAGAAGCAGCUCAUCUGCCCCAUCUGCCUGGAGAUGUUCACAAAGCCUGUGGUCAUUCUCCCCUGUCAGCACAAUCUGUGCCGGAAGUGUGCCAGUGACAUUUUCCAGGCCUCUAACCCAUACCUGCCCACCAGAGGAGGCACUACUGUGGCAUCUGGGGGCCGCUUCCGUUGCCCAUCCUGUCGGCAUGAAGUUGUUUUGGACAGACAUGGAGUAUAUGGACUUCAAAGGAACCUGCUGGUAGAAAAUAUCAUUGACAUCUACAAACAGGAGUCUACCAGGCCAGAAAAGAAGUCUGACCAGCCCAUGUGUGAGGAGCAUGAGGAGGAGCGCAUCAACAUCUAUUGUCUGAACUGCGAGGUGCCCACCUGCUCCCUAUGCAAGGUCUUCGGAGCACACAAAGAUUGCCAGGUGGCCCCCCUCACUCAUGUGUUCCAGAGGCAGAAGUCUGAACUCAGUGAUGGCAUUGCCAUCCUUGUGGGCAGCAAUGACCGAGUCCAGGGAGUGAUCAGCCAGCUGGAGGACACCUGUAAAACUAUUGAGGAAUGCUGUAGAAAUCAGAAGCAAGAACUUUGUGAGAAGUUUGAUUACUUGUAUGGCAUCCUGGAGGAGAGGAAGAAUGAAAUGACACGAGCCAUCACCCGGACACAAGAGGAAAAACUAGAACAUGUUCGAGCUUUGAUCAAAAAGUAUUCUGACCAUUUGGAGAAUGUAUCAAAGUUGGUUGAGUCAGGAAUCCAGUUCAUGGAUGAGCCAGAAAUGGCAGUGUUUCUGCAGAAUGCCAAAACCCUGUUACAAAAAAUUUCUGAGGCAUCGAAGGCAUUUCAGAUGGAGAAAUUAGAACAUGGGUAUGAAAAUAUGAGCCACUUCACCGUCAACCUCAAUAGAGAAGAAAAAAUAAUACGAGAAAUUGAUUUUUACAGAGAAGAGGAAGAUGAAGAAGAAAGGGAAGGAGAUGCGGGAGGAGAAGAAGAAGGAGUAGAAGUGGAAGAGGUGGAAAACAUCCGAACAGAGUCAUCAGGGGAUGAGGAAAAUCCUGAGAAAGCCUCUCAGUCCUCUCCACUGGCCUUGGAGCUCCCGGUGGCCUCCGGGGCCCUUCCUGUUCCACCUUCAGAGCCACUUCCUGUCCUGCCAUCUCCUGCUGCUGAGGCCCUGGUGACACAGGGGGAGGUUGUGUCCAGUGGCUCUCAGCAGGCCACAGAGUCUGAAACUCCAGUCCCUGCAGCAACGGAAACCACGGAUCCUUUGUUUUACCCUAGUUGGUAUAAAGGCCCAAGCUGGAAAGCUGCCAACCCACCUUCCACCUCAGGGAGUGAAGGUGUGGGACAAGUAGGGCCUCCAGGUUCUGAGGACCUGAAUGAGCAUCACACAGACGUGGCAGAAGGCGCAGCCAGUGAGAGGGCAGCAGAGAGUGGUAAGGAAACUAGUUCACCUGCAGCUACUUCUCAGACUGGAGUUGAGGUUCCUGCUCUCCAGGGACAAGCUGCAGCUUCAGGGAGUAGGGACGGAACAGAUUCAGAGCCAGCUCGUCAUGUCUUCUCCUUUUCCUGGUUGAACUCCCUGAGUGAAUGA